CGGUGCUGCUGUAGCCGUUGCUGGUGGUGCUAUUAAGUGGGGUUAAUUUCGAACAUCCUUCCUAGUCGGUCGAAUACGUCCGUGCUGGUUGAGAGUUCUAUCGUCGCAGCAACGAAAGAUCUACAAGUAGUUGGAAAUUUGCAAGAUUUUAGAGGGAGAAUGCGGCGGAAUUGAGCACGGCUGGAGGGGAGGUACCCAGACCGAGUACAUACAAAUUUUGGGUAUGAUCAUUUGAGGGUGUGUCUUACUAUUUCGAGAUAGGGGUUCGCAACCGUAACUUCAAGCUGCGCUCGUGCUAUUACAAGCACGGAGACCGAUACCCGAGAUGUGUUGAAGAACGAGAACUUCGAAGAAAGCGUACCAAUUACUCAUGCCACCAUUUGUGGGAGAGUAUGAAGUUUGCUUCACUGCAUCAUGUUCAUUACCUCAAGUAUUGAAAUGUUUCUGUUGUUUCAAAUGUUGGGUUCCUCUGCUAGGUCUUGAACAUUUUUCGCUUGUUGGUUGCUAUGGUCUAAAGUGUUAACUUUACUCCAGUUUACACUGCGUGGAUAUGCAGUAGACGUCGCUUUGGUUUUCUGCUCGUUUCAUGUAGUCUCUUGUCAAUUGCGAUGUCUUUAAUAAGGUCCAACCCAUUGUAUAUGUGAUAAGUUGCGUAUCUUUCUGUACCCACUUUGGGUAAAUCAUGUGGACACUUCGUUAUAGUGGAAGUGGAUGGAUCUUAGGAGUGUUGUGCUGUACUUUAAAGGAUGUAUAUUGCUCAUCCGUUCACUGGUUGGUCAAUGACGUUUCGAUGUUGACACCAAAUGGUUGGAUAGCUUGUUCGAAGACAGAAAUGUGGAAAAUGACGCGAUCGACUGCUGUUAGUUGGUUUGGCUUCAUUAUUCAGUAGUGUCCAAGCUUUUACUGAUGUUGCAGAUUAGAAAUGCAAUUUUAUUUUGAUGCUCGGAAACCAGUUUAUAUCCUGGUUGACAGAGUCUAAGCUUGUUAUCGGAACUCACAGGAUAGCUGAGUGUCUUAGGUUUGUGCUGUGUCUUGCAAGGAGUUUUGAAUAGUCGUUCGGGUUCAUACGCAUUUCUACAUUUAAUCAAGAUUAACAUAGUGACUUUGAAGAUUUUGAAGCACUGCAAUAUCAAAGUGAUGGACAUUUUAGUGUGCAGGAACUCGGAGGAUGUCAAGCGGUGUUAUUCGGUAGUUUCGGUUUGAUAUCCAAGUGUUUUAAAAUCCUCAGAGACUACUUUUCGAAAGUAUUAUUUGUAAGAGAAUGCCAAAAGGUGUCAGUCAGUUACAUUGCUAACUGUAGUUCCGAGUAGUGAAAUGAACAUUUAAUAAUCACGACUACUCGUCAAAUCUGGUUCAUCACUUCGCAUGUCUUCUUUCAUCAAGGAUUGUGCACAUGCACAUUCUCUCUUCGCCAGAGUGUAUACCAUCUCUUCGUAUCUUCGCAACAUCGUCUGAGUGGUUAAACCCUCGGCUUGCCUUGCCAUUAUAUUAUCAAAUUUUUGGGGGAAUUUUGGAAACAUAUAUGAUACUCUAGCAAACCGUGAUAUCUUCACUCCGAUAUGCAGAGAGAGCAUUCGUCUCACUUGUGUACCUCACUGCAAGAAACUCUUCUUAUUCAGGUUAUGUAAGGUGAAUGUGUGACCUAUUUUCAAUAUCCGUUGCUGGCAAGUCUACCUCUUAAGAUUGCGAUCAUUGUACUGUGACGUAGCUGAGGAGCCACUAUUGAGGAACAGUGUGCUUUUGUUCGUCAAGUUCUGGUGAAAACUCAUUUGUAAGCCAUCAAAGCAUUGGUUUUGGCUUUUGAAGAAUGCAGAAAACGUUGAUGCAUUUUCAAGUGAAAGAUUAUUGUAUGAUAACUUCAGACCAGAACGAUAUGGUUUGCAUAUGUGAAAUCUCGAGCAUGUCUUUGUUUUGAAAUUCGUUCAUUUUAUCUCUGGGCUCUAAUUUUGAGCUUGCGACAAUAUGACUUGCAUAUGAAAGAGUUUGUUUAGACUACAUUAUCUAUGUACUUCCGCAACUAAUGAAGACAUUUCCGUUGCAAGCGAAUUGAACGCCUUACCAGGCUUCGUUGUGGCGGACAGAGUUGUCAAGUUUUUGCAAUGUCCUCUCCAUGUCAUGUGAAGUGUAUCCCAAAACCUCUGCCGAGGGAUCCAGUACCAAAUCAUUAUGACCAAGCCUCAACAAAUCCUAGGAAACUCAAGUACGUUGAUCCGUCCCAUAGAAAUUGUGUUCCUGGUUUCGCAGCAGCCAGCUUCACUCCCAAGGAUCCGGCUGAAAAGUAUCGUGGCCGCACCCAUAACUGCACUGCAGCAGUGACGGCGAAUAGUGGCGAACGCUACGCGAUUUGCCAUUCUCAAGUGCUGACCGGGUACAAAGCUCCAUAUGCAUAUGGUCAAAGUGCAGUCUUCGAUGGACUCACGACAAACAACUAUUUCAACCACUUAGUCCGGAAGGUGGGUGAAGAGGUGGAUACUAAUUCCAAGAAGCUGGUUCCAUACAGUUUAGCGGCCCUUCGAAACCUGCCCCGAGUAAUAGGGCACAACCAAGUGGGACUGCAUUGCUUCGACCGUCGGAAUGCAAGUUAUAUAAGGUUGGAAAGUGGAGAUAAGAGGGACAUGAAAACGCCUAAAACCACUCACAAGAGAUUUCAUUAUCUUCCGAGGUCCAAAACAGGGAUGUCCAAUGCUGGCAUAUUUGCUGAGAAAUCAGCCAUGAUGCACAGGCACCAAAUGGGGUAACAGGUCACUAGAUUGAAACAGCCUGCUCUUGAGACGAACAAUGAACUCUCAAACUGCAAUCAGGCGCAUCUUAAAUGGGCACACCUUAAAUCUUUUGUGGACUUCAGAGCAAGAUACACGCCGUUCUACCCUAUCAACAGAACCAUAGUUGGCAACCUCCACUCACUGUCCGAUUCAUAACCCAAUAACAAUUUCCGUUUCAAAUUAUGCCUUGCUUCAGGCUUCUUCUUCCCAAGUUUUUCGUAUCUUACAUCUAAAGCUUCAAUCUACAUUAUCCGUGCAGACUUCGUUAAGAUAACCGUGUGGGCCACGAUGAUUCCUCUACUGCACCAAUCCGUUUUGUGCAAACACGCCAUGAACACAUUGAUCGUAGUUGUGAUCUUGCAUCGCAUCUCGUCUUGCAGGCACUGACUUAGAAGCGAGUAUAGACAGAAGCGCAUCGCCAACCAUUAACAAGCAAUCUUCCUACCUCCGAUUUGCCCUCACGAUCUGUGUGAAAUGGCCAAUCUGUGCCACUUGAAGGUCUGCAGGUUUGAGUGUUGAACGAUUGGCGACCAUGCACUCAUUAGGACUCGGUCAAGAUAUUGAGCACGAAACGGGAUGAAUGUGGUUGUUCUGGGUUGCUUAGAGAGAAGAUUCCGGUGGUACCUCCGGAUUUUUUUGGGUGUUGCGAGAAAUCUGAUUCUUGACUUCUAGCACCUACUAGCGGAUGCGUUGGAUGUCUGUGAGAAGAUUUUUCUAGGUUUUAUGGUUGUGCGCUGUGAAUGUGUAGUAGCUUGUCUCAGUAGGGGUUUUGCAGGGAAGAAAUGGCCCAAUCGAUGGGGAUGCGAGUUGCGAAGUCAAUUCCCGCGGUAGCAUGGGCGAUUCUCACCGCAUCCCUGCUUCUCAGAGGGUCGGAGAACGGAUUGAAGAUGCUGGAGCGAGGUUGUCCAGACAGAGCUGCGUACUCCUGGAGAUCCAACAUCGCACCUUUAGAUAAGUAUCUCUGCGUAGCCGUGAAUUUCUUCAUCUAUACUGUGCGGUCGGACGAGGGCAAAUGGAUAACUGGCUAUCUCGGCACUCUUCUCGUCUCCGUCCUGGCCUUCAUGGCUGUAGAAGGGUCCCGAAUUAAGUCAGGGUUGGUUCUCUCUGCUACAUGGAUUCACGCCAUCAUCUUCCAAAUCACGGGCAUCUCUGUUUCCUUCCCCUUGCUAUGGCUACCUGCAUACUUUGUCUACGACGCAGGAACCCGCGACCCUAAUGUGGUUUGGAAGAAGAAAAUUUCCUUAGUUCGCGUCGCUGCUAUAGCCUUCGCCUUCCUUUUCCUCUGGCUCAAUGCCAUCGCGCUCUUCUUCCCCCUCAAGACCGACAAGAAGCAGGCGGCUUGUUUGCUUUUCCUCGCCAUGCCGAUCCUCGUCACCAUAGUUUACCUCCCCUUCACAACCCACCCUGACGCGCCGCAGAAGAAAGGCCACCACGGUGUGAUCGCACUCCAUCUUCUGCAAGCCGCGUUCGGACUCACAUGGCACCUCACUGCACUCUUGUACCUGUUCCGCGAUCACGAGAUCCUUGGUCGCGUCGUCCAGCUCUUCACCUCAUUCAGAACCGAGCAAUGGCCGGCCUAUUUUUUGCUGAUCGACCUAGUCUCGCUAUUCCUGUCGUUCCUUUAUCUCACGGCCGUUGAAGACGGACUUCUAAUUACGCUGGUGGGAUUAGUAGGAGCUGUCGUGUUCGGGCCAGCCUUCGUUGUCUCGGCUUACUGCGUCUACCGAGAGCAAUGCAUCUCCAAAGCACUUCCCCGCGCCAGAAACAAGAGGAAAGAUUGAACAGUUAGAAAUGAUGUACAUGUAAGUUUUAUAAUUCCAAGUAUCCAAAUUAUUCAAGUUAGAGGACCUGACGUGUUCUGAGAGAUUCAAUUCAGCACGGCUAUCAGGGUACAGAUUAUUCAGUUGUACAAAGUUCGUUUCUGUGUCUUCGAGUUGCGUUUUAUGAUUUGAGCAUUGUGGGUCCGUUGAAAACAGGACAGAUAAGGUAGCGUGUUCUAAACUUGUUUCCUGUCAAUUUACAUUAAUAUUACUUCCCAUGGUGUUCUAGUGA